AUGUACAACAUCCUCCACAUUGCACGACUCCUGGAUGCGUUCGCGGAACAGGCGAUCGCGAACACGCAGCCGUACAAAGUAGGGACCUCGCCUGCUAAUGGAGGCGCGGGGGCGACCGCCAUUCGCGCGACCACUCGCGAAUGGCGCUGCGCGACGUUCGACAGAGCAGCGAUACGUAUGUCCUGUAAUGGCUAUUUGCUCCCUCGGGAUGGCUACGGGGAUCGAUACAUGUCAGAGUUCUGGGCGGAACAUCAGGAUCUGCGAUACAAGCAGGACAUCAGCGAAUGUGGCUGGCCUGCCUUCGUCGCUCGUUCACACGACGGCUUCGCCCCGCUCACCAAAGAGGAGCAGAUCUCGUUCGACGCGACGUCGUAUGCAGCCUGCCUGCAGUGGGUUGCGCGCAGACCUAACGACACCUCCAGCGCCCUCCCCGACGACCUUGGCAACGCAGACGACCCUCACGGCAUCUUCCGCGAACUCCACAACCUCAGCAAUGAUCCCUUCCAUUCGAAUUCGAGCCACCGUGAUGGUUACCUUGUGGGGAGCCGCGCCGGCUAUCCUGUCUGGAACCCCUCGAAUGCGGGAGCUGUGGGACAGGCAAUCACGGAGCGGCUCUACGCCUCGUCGCCCGGGAUCCCGCGUGAGGAGAACAGUACGGCGGCUGGAGGGGUCGAGAAGGCAGGAGGAUCUACGCCAGCUAGCGCGUCUAUAGGGGACUCUACGAAGGCGAGCGCAUCCGUGCCGGACGGCGCACCCAUGCAGCGCCCACCAGAGAAACAUGCUGCCCCACUGAGGAUCAAGUUCCCUCCAGCAGCGCUUGAAACAGGAGCCGCGUCACAGCAGAAGAGCAAGGAUCCUUCUCCAAGGGCCGACGUACAGCGCGAGCCUCAGGCCCCUCGUAGCCAGCUUGCGCCCACGACAGGCGCCAACGGCAACAGCGACCAUACAGGCCCCUCUCGCUCACAGUCAAACAACAACCAGUUGCCUUCCAUCAACAGGACCGUCACUGCGAAUGGGCAUGCUUCACUGUCUCUAAACGGGCGCCCCGAGUCUCAUACUCAAUCCGCAUCAAUGCCUACCAAUGGACACACUCCCGCUACGAAUGGUAGUCUCGCCGAACCUCGUGUUCCCUCGUCUCAGCCGACGCGAAGGUCCGAGUCGUCAACGUCUCAAUCUAGCUCCUCGUCGACAACGCAUUAUCCGCCCCGACUCAAGCCGCGCGAAGCCCUUCAGCCUCGGUUGCCCCCAACUACCGAGGAGCCCCCUGCCCCACGACUCGCAAGCGUUCAAGCCCAAGACCCCCCUACCGACACUGAGCGCAAUGGCCAAGUAGAUCCGCCACCGUCCUCGCCGCUUCAAUCUCCCGUCAUCGGACCAGCGCGCUGGUCCUCGACUUCUCGGCAUACACCCGUCACUGCUCCUGCUCCUGCUCCCGAUGACGAAGUCACCCGCCUGCGUCUUGAGAUCGCCCGCCUCCAAGUUGCCCUCGCUGCACAGACUGAGUACCGGACUCUCCUCAUCACCUCCCUGGAGCGCGAGCGCGCCAUCGUCGACGCCGACCGGCAGUCUGCCCUGGCACGCGAGGCGCAGCACGCCGAGCGGGAGGCACGCAUUGCCGACGCUGCAGCCGCGCGCGAUGUUCGGCACGCCGAGGAGCUCGCGCAGCUACGCAAUGAGCUCGCCCAACUACGCAAUGAGGGUGCGAAGCGCGAAGAGGACGCGCGCGACCGCGAGGCGUGGUGGCGCGCCGCGAACGCGAAGUGGGAUGCGGAGCGGGCCGAGUUCAAGGUAGAGCUCGAGCGGCGGGAGGAGCAGCUGGCGCGUCGGGAUCGGGAGCAGGACGAGCAGAUGCAGGUGCAGGCGGGGCUUCGGCAGCAGAUCGCGAUGAUACAGGCGCGCAUGUCUGCGAGUAUGCGGGCGGGGUCCUCGGCCAUGGUCCUCAGCUUGAGGAAGCGACCGCACAUGUACUUGGGCGAAGACUCGGAGGACGAGGGCUCCUCCGAGGACAUCCAGGACGCGCCUGUUACGCGUUCACGCCGCGUUAAGCGCCGAAGUGCAUCUCCCGAUGCACUACCUACUCUAGCCUUCGCUUAUACCGAGCGCGAGCACAAGUUCAAACCUAAGCCACCUUGGUACCACGUCGAGGAACUCACCUUUCACACGGCUGAGACCCGCCCAAACCACACCGCCGCCUCCGUCGUGGCGUUUAUCAAGACCAACGCCGUGUCCAUCGAGUACCACAAAACUAAGGGCCGCACCGCCGUCUUUCGCAAGAAGUAUCUAACUCUGCGCCUGCCAGACGGGCGAAGCGCCAUCGUGUCGGCGGAUUACUAUCGUCUCCCCACCCUCUUCCUAUCUCACUUCCUAUGGGCGUACGUCUGGAGGGUCAUCACGCGUGGAGAAGCGUUCGAGAAGGAGAUGUUCAAUCUACUGCACCUCGCACGACUGCUGCGAGCCUUGGUCGAAGGCGCGAUCCGCGCAGCCCCUCAAUAUAACUUGGCCGAAGGACAGGAUAUCUGCACCUGGCGUUUUCUCCCGUUCGACCGAGCUCUCAUUCGCAUGUCCUACGACGACUUUUUGCUGCCCAUCGAUGGAUAUGGGGAUCGGUAUAACGACGAGUUUUGGAAGCGGAACCAGGAUACGAAGUAUAGGCCUAGGCAGGAUAUUGAGCACCGCAAUUGGAAGAAGAUCGUUACUUCACGGAACGAAUGGCUCGCUCCUCUCGAAGAUGAAGAGCUCCAGUCCUUCGACGCUGCCGCAUUUGCAGAGUGCUUGCGCAUUCGGGAUGGUGUGCCCAUAUGGGUACCAACGAGCGAAGCAGGUCGUGCAGCAACGGAGCGCCUAAAAGCCAAAUAUUCCGACGUCCGCUCCGAGGCUGCUCAGUCUACGCUGCAAGCGACAGCUGAGGCAUCAGCAGGAGUUGUUGUUCAGGGCAUAGUGACUACGGAUCUCGAACGUCCCGAGCCAGUUUCGUCACCCUCGCCGUCCCCGGGUUCCUCUGCCCACCCGGCGCAAACAAGCAUCUGUAUCCUCAGCAUACAGCGCAGGUCCUCUGAGGGUGUCGCCAGCAUUGACUUCGACAGGAGGAGCAGUAGCUUCAACGCGGCCCGGUCCUCGGGACGCGUCUCCCGCCGCAGCUCCUUGUGCACCUGCGAACAUAUCAUCGCAAGCCACUUCUGUGACUACAACUUCUUCAUCUCGAGCAGCGACACCACCUCGAACGUCCUCGUCUCGCUCCUCAGUUCCGCGGACCCUGGAGGUAAAUCGAGUGUCUGA